AUGGCGGUUGGAAUGGGAACUGAGCUCGGCAGUUGGGCGGAACGGACUGGUUGGCAAUUUGACGGCCGUUAUGCAAAUAAGUGGGAGUUCGACAUCGACCCAGAUGCAGACGAUCUUGCUGGACUUCACUUGCGAGUGGUCGUAUACCUGGAAGAACCGUUCGUGAUAAAGAAUUCUAACAACGAAUAUGAAGGAUUCUGCAUCGAUCUUCUUAAUGAGAUGGCGGCCAUUCUGAAGUUCAACUACACGAUCAUCGAAGUUCAAGAUGGAAGCUACGGCAUAGAGAAUUCUUUCUUCAACCUGAACUUUAUUCCGACACCGAACAAUGAGAUGACGAGUCAGGACGAUGGAACGGCAUCAUCGGCGCCUUGCAAACGGCAUGAAGCCGAUGUCUCCAUCUCAGCGGUUACGAUCACUUACAGUAGGGUGGAAGUCGUUGACUUUACACUGCCAUUCAUGCAUCUGGGUAUUUCAAUUCUUCUUGCUCGAACAAAUGACGAUUCAGAAAAGGUGAGCUAUUGUUCGAUGACAAAUGCUCGGUGCAGAUGA